UGAACUUGCUCGCGAUAUAUAAGCCCCCGACCGGACGGUCCGCAGCACUAUUCGUUUUGCCUCUAUCGCUUGAAGUGGUCUAGGACGGAUUUGUGUGUUUUCACAUUUCAUAUUCAACUUAAGAAAUAUCAAAAUACAAAAAUGGCUUCCAAAUUGUUCGUAUGCUUCGCUGUGCUCGUCUUGGCCGCCGUCGCCCUCGCUGAAGGACCCGCCGAAAUGAAACAACAACCCGCCCAAGACAUGAUGAUGGAACAACCCGAAGCCAAAACCGAAAACGAACGCGUGAAGAAAGCUGUUAUCAUCUCAGCAGCAACUGGUUACCCAUAUGGAUAUGGUUAUGGAUACGCCACCCCAUACAGCUCUUCAUACGCUAACUACAACUCUUACCCGUAUGCCUAUGGUUACCACGCAUACCCAUAUAACCACAACUACCAAUACCCGUCCGGAUACGCCCGAUCAACUUACCACUACAACAAUGGAUACUACCCAUAUAACAGCUGGUACGGUGGUAACUACUACAACAACUACUACAGAUCCGGUUACCACUAUCCAUACGUAUACUAGACGUUCAAUAAAACUCCUCUGCCGAAAACACUUUGAACAUCUCAAAAAUACACUUAGCACGUAAGAACAGUUACAUUUGCAAAUGCCUUAGCGACGAACUCGAUUUCACAAUCAGCGAUCAAAUGCCAUAAUGGAUCAGUUGAAAAUAUUGUAUGGGUUGAGCUGUUCCUGCAUAGCACAUAAACAUGCCAUACGUUGUAGGGCUUCUUCUUUUUUUUUUUUUUUUAAGUAUAUAUUUUUGUACACAUUGCAAUUGAAUAAAAUGUAAAAAUGCAUCGAAAAUAA